GCAGCCUUAUGGAUUUAGUCAACGCUGGGAGGGAGUGCAUGGGCUGGGCUUUUUCUCCUGCUUGGCCCAUGGUGUCUCCCGGUCUGGCCUGCCGUUGGUUAUUAUGGAUUCAAUCAUUAUUCAGGAGCGAUUAGUCGAGCGGCUGCUUUCUCCCAGGACCCAGACCCAGCGAAGCCACUCAGCCAAGCUGAAGGACCACGAAAAGCAGUAUGUGGGGUUCGCCACGCUCCCCAACCAGGUGCACCGGAAAUCUGUGAAGAAGGGCUUUGAUUUCACCCUCAUGGUGGCAGGAGAGUCGGGCCUGGGUAAAUCUACUUUGGUAAACAGCUUGUUCCUGACAGACCUCUACAAAGACCGAAAACUUCUCAAUGCCGAAGAAAGAAUCAGUCAGACAGUAGAGAUUGUGAAACACACGGUGGACAUCGAGGAGAAGGGGGUGAAGUUGAAGUUAACAAUUGUCGACACGCCAGGUUUUGGAGAUGCUGUGAACAACACCGAGUGUUGGAAGGCCAUCACGGAUUACAUUGACCAGCAGUUCGAACAGUACUUCCGGGAUGAGAGCGGCCUCAAUCGGAAGAACAUCCAGGACAACCGAGUGCACUGCUGCCUCUACUUCAUCUCCCCCUUUGGCCAUGGGCUGAGGCCAGUAGACGUGGAGUUCAUGAAGGCUCUGCAUGAAAAAGUGAACAUUGUUCCCCUUAUUGCCAAAGCCGACUGCCUCAUUCCUUCUGAGAUCAAGAAGCUAAAAGAGCGGAUCAGGGAGGAGAUUGACAAGUUUGGAAUUAAAGUUUACCAGUUUCCGGAGUGUGAUUCUGACGAAGACGAGGACUUCAAACAACAAGACAGAGAGCUGAAGGAAAGUGCUCCCUUUGCAGUCAUCGGCAGCAACACAGUGGUUGAGGCCAAAGGUCAGAGGGUACGAGGGCGGCUGUACCCUUGGGGAAUUGUGGAAGUGGAAAACCAGGCGCACUGUGACUUUGUGAAACUGCGGAACAUGCUGAUCCGAACGCACAUGCACGACCUGAAGGACGUCACCUGCGACGUUCACUACGAGAACUAUCGGGCGCAGUGCAUCCAGCAGAUGACCAGCAAGCUGACUCAGGAUAACAGGAUAGAGAGCCCCAUUCCGAUUUUGCCGCUCCCAACACCAGAUGCAGAAACGGAGAAGCUGAUCAAGAUGAAAGAUGAAGAGUUGCGUAGAAUGCAAGAGAUGCUGCAGAAAAUGAAACAGCAGAUGCAAGACCAGUGAAAAA